AGCAAACAAAAAUGGGGAAUUACAAGCAAAAAUCUCUAAUUUUGUGGGCUGUUGCUGCUGCAUUGCUCACACAUAAUUUGGUCAUUCCUGUUAUGGCUAGACCUUCUUUUGAAGAAAAAAAGACAUAUUACUCUCCUGAUCCGAGUACCGGAAAUCCUCCUAGUUCAGGAACAAGUUCACAUACAUCUCUGUCUCAUGGUUCAGGAGAAGGUGGUCAUGGAACACCUUCGCAUGGAGGAAAAUCACCUGGUGGGAACUGUGGUACCCCGGCCCCUAGUGGAGGGCAUCAACAUCACCAUCAUCAUAAACCUACCCCAUCCCCUCCGUCAGGAGGGCAUGGAGGUUAUUCUCCGUCUCCACCAACUCAUCACGGUGGAGGUGGAAGCCCUCCUAGUACUCCCAGUACACCAACUACCCCAACUCCUGACCCCGGUACUCCAAGCACUCCAGGAGGUGGUGGAUACUAUCCUUCCCCUACUCCUACUACUCCUACCCCUAGUACACCAUCCACCCCCUCCACGCCUACUAUUGAAACACCACCUACUCCUACCGUUGAUCCUGGAACUCCAAGCACUCCUGGGGGUGGUGGUUACUAUCCUUCGCCUACACCUACUACUCCUACCCCUAGUACACCAUCCACCCCCUCCACGCCUACUAUUGAAACACCACCGACUCCUACCGUUGAUCCUGGAACUCCAAGCACUCCAGGGGGUGGUGGUUACUAUCCUUCACCUACACCUAGUACCCCCUCCACACCUACUAUUGAAACACCACCUACUCCUACCAUUGACCCUGGCACACCAAGCACUCCGGGGGGUGGUGGUGGUUACUAUCCUUCCCCUACACCUACUACCCCAUCUACACCUACCAUUGAAACACCACCUACUCCUACCAUUGACCCCGGAACUCCAAGUGCUCCAGGUGUCUUCCCAAUUGACCCCAACUCACCACCUUUUACAUGCAAUUACUGGAGGACUCACCCGACUCUUAUAUGGGGCUUAUUUGGCUGGUGGGGAACUGUAGGAAAUUCAUUUGGUGUGGCUAGUGUUCCAGGUUUCGGAUCAAACAUGAACUUACUCCAAGCACUGUCCAACUCUCGUACCGAUGCCUACGGCGAUCUCUACAGAGAAGGAACAGCUUCAUUAUUGAACUCCAUGGUGAGCAAAAGCUUCACCUACACUUCCAACCAAGUCAGGGAUAGUUUUGUUUCAGCACUUAGUUCAGACAAGUCAGCAGCAGCUCAGGCACAGCUAUUCAAGUUAGCCAACGAGGGUAGAGCUUGAGCAGAAGUCGUUAAUCUCUUUUCAAAAUCGUCACUUUUUCAGUUUCUUUCUAUGUCUAGUAAUUUCAUAGUGAUGUGUGCUUUUACUUAAGAUUGGAUACUAGAAAUGUUUAUUUUUCCUCUAUGGUUUUGUAUGUUACAAUAGGCUAUGAGUGAAUGUCACGUUCCGAUUUCAGAAACUCUA